AUGUGGAAGUUUACAAGAAAAAUCACUUUUCCUUGGCAGAAGGGUGAGUUCACUGAGAAUGAGACUAGUCCACUCCUGCCAAAGGCAGGUCCAGCACACGGGGAUAUUGAGGAGGAUACCCAGAACAACACAAACCAAGAAGGGACUAAGAAUGGAGAGAAUACUAGAAACACGAAAAUUGAAUACUUUCAUCGUUACACUGCAAUGGACUACUUUUUGAAAUAUUUUCUUUUCUUUUGCAACCUUCUGUUUACCAUCCUUGGCCUUAUUGUGCUUGGUUUGGGCAUGUGGGGCCUUGUGAGCAAAGAGUCAUUCGCACAAGAGAAGAUUGGAAGCAUAGGAACGGACCCGAUGCUGGUGUUAGUUUCUGUUGGGCUCUUGCUGUUCAUGCUUUGUCUCACUGGAUGUGUGGGUGCCCUAAGAGAAAACAGCUGCUUACUCAAGGUCUUUUCUGCAGUGGUCUUGGCCCUCAUUGCAGCUCAGGUGGUGGUGGCCAUUUUAGCGUACAGUCUACAGGAUCAGAUUGGGAACUACUUACGGUCUGGGAUGCUGGCGGCUAUGGAGCGGUACCAGGACGAUCUGGAUCUGAGGUUUAUAGUGGAUGAGAUACAGACCAACCUGCAGUGCUGUGGGGCAGACACCUACCGCGACUGGGAGAUUAACAUAUAUUACAACUGCUCUGCGCCCGGUGUGCUGGCCUGUGGCGUACCUGCGACUUGCUGUGUGGACCCCCUGGAGAAUGGGACUGUGUGGAACUCUCAGUGCGGGGUGGGGGCGCAGACACUGGACGAGUUCACGGCCCAGAGUGUGGUCUUCCUGGGAGGGUGUCUCGGAGGCAUAUCCCGCUGGAUUCAACAACACGAAGGCCUCAUCGGGACUGUGGCCAUUGUAGUACUAGGAGCCCAAAUGGUGGCUCUGUUUAUCACUACACGACUGAUAGAGAGUAUUCACUGGCACAAGUCCUAUGCAAGGAACUAUUACAUGCCAGGACUGUGA